CAUAACAUAGAUACCCAUCCAAAAAGCACUUUUUUUUUAUUGCUCUCUUUUUUUUUUCCUCUUAUCUUUUCAAGUUUUUAGUCCUAAUAAGUACAAGAACAUUAUGGCAAGAGAACUAAUCUCUUUUCUUCUACUUCUUUUGGUUGCAAAUUAUAAUACUCAUGCUACUAAAAUUUCUGAGGCUCCAUCACCACAGCCUCAAUUGAACACUACAACUGGAAAACCUUACAUGCAUGGAAUCACAGAAGGAAGCCUUAAACCUGAAGAGUGUCCACCUCGAUGUACGGCGCGGUGUUCGAACACGCAGUACCGGAAGCCAUGCAUGUUCUUCUGCAAAAAGUGUUGUGCAACAUGUCUGUGUGUGCCUCCUGGGACUUAUGGAAACAAGCAAGUAUGCCCUUGUUACAAUAAUUGGAAGACCAAGAGAGGAGGCCCCAAGUGCCCUUAAUUAAUUAAUUCAAAUUAACUAAAAAAACCCUUCUUCUUAAUUAUAUUACACUUUCUAUUUUUAGAUGUAUAUGUAGUGAUAUGUUAACUAGUCCAUUUUCAUUUCUAAAGCUUUUAUAUCUUCCAUGUAUUAGUUUCCCUUAAUGGAAGAAUUUGCAUAUUAGGCCAGAGCUCAUUUGAAGAAGCUUUAUUAUUUACUAGAUGUAAACAUUAAUAACAUGCAAUUAUAUAUAUUUAUGUAA